AUGGGCGACGCCGCCACUCCGCGCGCCAGGACCAGCUCUCACGUCCCGCGGGUGAGGAGACGGAGAUACCGGGUGAGCGACAUCCUCAAGGUGGGCGUGAAGGACGGACUGGAACGCACGGGCACGGCGGACGGCCCCGCGGCGACCGCUCCGCGCAGGCCCCGCCCCGCGGCCAAUGGGAACGGCCGUCGCGGAGCUGUCGCCGUGCCCGCCCCGCUCCGUGCGUGCGUACGUGCGUGCGUGCGUGCGGCCGAGAGGCGCGGCCUCGGCCCAUUAGGCUCCUGGGUAGAAUUGCACUUUAGCAAUAAUGGAAAUGGGAAUAGUGUCCCAGCCUCAGUUUCUAUUUAUAAUGGUGACAUGGAAAAAAUACUCCUUGAUGCCCAGCAUGAAUCUGGACGGAGUAGCUCCAAGAGUUCUCACUGUGACAGCCCACCUCGGUCACAGACACCACAGGAUAUUAAUAGAGCUUGUGAAACAGAUACCCAUAGUAGCAUUGGAGAAAAAAACAGCUCUCAGUCUGAGGAAGAUUACAUUGAGAGAAGGAGAGAAGUUGAAAGCAUCUUGAAGAAAAACUCAGAUUGGAUAUGGGAUUGGUCUAGUCGGCCAGAAAAUAUCCCCCCCAAGGAGUUCCUCUUUAAACACCCGAAGCGCACAGCUACUCUCAGCAUGAGAAACACGAGUGUUAUGAAGAAGGGGGGCAUUUUCUCAGCAGAGUUUCUCAAGGUUUUUCUUCCCUCUCUGCUGCUCUCUCAUCUGCUGGCUAUUGGAUUGGGGAUCUAUAUUGGAAGGCGUCUGACAACCUCAACCAGCACCUUUUGAUGAAGAAUUGGAACUCCACUUUGUUCACAUAGUGGGGAUUUAUAUCUGAGCUUGCAACACAGCUGACUGAAGAGCUAUUGUGAUCCUUGGGGGGCUGUAUCACUUAUGUUUAUUUGUUCUGUAAAUGCUGUGUUCCUAGUGUAGUAAAGUGAAAAAAUAUAGACACUAAAAUCAUGCUGACCUAUAAUUAUACGUACAGGAUCAGUUAAUAAGCAUGUCAGACUGAUUUAGUAUCUACUUUAAUAAUUUGGUAGUACAUUUUCUUUGGAUAUUAAGUAUAAAUAUCUAAGUAUAAAUAAUUUUAAUAUACUAGUCGUGAUAUGUAAUAUUUUAAAAAUUAUCUGUAACCUUGAUUGAGUUUAGAACACUUUAUAUUUCAAAAGAAAAAUGUUGAUAUUAAAAUCACUACAUUUUAAAGGGUUUGUCCAAAAUAAAUAUUGUGGCCUUAUAUUCACACUAUUGUAGAAAAUAUUAAUGUGUUUAAUUUAAAUGGAAGCAGGUUGUCUACUAAAGACUAAACUGUGCUAAUUAUUCUUAAAUAGAAACCAAGGUACAGCUACAAACUCCACUGUAUAGUUCAUACACUAAGCUGUUUUUGCUUUUGCAGUGUAACAAUUUUAGCUCCUCUGACUUUCAGGUAGUCAGUUACCUUGGAAGAUGAGUUUUCUGUUGAAAGCACCUAUCCAGUAUCUCUUACUCUUCAUCACUCUGCAUUGAUGAAUUUAAUCUUACCCUUUGUGUUCAACUUUUGUGUGCUCUUUAAAGCAGCUUUAUUCUAAGCAAAUCUUCGUCUGCUUUAAAAGACUAGACAUGGAAAAAAAAAAUCUUUGUCAUUUGUCAAAUCUUUCUGAGACUAUGGUAUUUAUAAAAGCUUCUUGAUUAAACCAGGCUUACUCCCUAUUAAUGCAUUCUUUAUCUUCUCUACAGCAUGAUUUUUAAAAAGGCUGCUGCUUUGAUAUAAUGUAUUUGUUUCAUUUUUCCACAUUUAAUUCAGGUGUGUUAAAAUAAAUCUGACAUCUUAAUUUUUAAAAA